GCUCACUCCUCGGCGGGGCGCGCGACGGGCGGACUCGGCUGCGGACAUGGCCCGGGGCCUGCGCGGCCUCCCGCGGCGCGGCCUCUGGCUGCUCCUGGUGAGCCACCUCUUCAUGGCCACCGCCUGCCAGGACGCCACCUUCAGCACCCUCCUCCACGAGCUCUGCCUCGCCCAGUUCCAGGUGGACAUGGAGGCCGUCGGGAGGCCGCUGUGGUGCGACUGGGGCAAGACCAUCGGGAGCUACGAAGAGCUCUCGGACUGCACCAGGCACGUGGCGCAGAAGCUGGACUGCUUCUGGCCCAACGCGGCGGUGGACAGGUUCUUCCUCUCCGUCCACCGGCACUACUUCAGAGACUGCCCCGUCUCAGGCAGGGCCUUGCAGGACCCGCCCAGCAGUGUCCUCUGCCCCUUCAUCGUGGUGCCCAUCCUGGUGACCCUGCUCGUGACGGCACUGGUGGUCUGGAGGAGCAGGCGCCUGGAGGGCAUCGUGUAGGCUGGGGGCUCCCGCACCCAGCAGGGGAGGGGGAGGGCUGUUGCUCAUGGAGGCUGCCGGGCAGGCCAGAGUGUGGGCGUGGGGGCCGAGCCUGGCCAAGGCUUCUGGGACUCCAGUGGCAGAGCAGAGCCCCGGUCCCCUCUUCUUCUACCCGAGAAGAGCUCACAGCAGGAUUCUGGCGUGGUCAUGGCACAGGCAUUGACCUAGAAGCCACCCUAGGAAGGGCAGCCCAGGUGCUGGGAGGGAGCAGAGCGUAGCUGUCAGUGUUUCUGGGGAGGGUUCUGAGCUGUCUCCCAAGGUGUUUAUGAACCACCCCCUGGCUCGAUCAUGCAUAAGUAGUUUGUGAUUAAAGGAUGUC